GCCUCUGGCCUGGACGUGUGGGGCAGUUCUUGGCUUUCCCUCCACGGAUUGGAGCUGGCCUGCCGAACUAACUACUAAACAGCCUGAUUUCCGGCCUCCAGAAUCUCUUCUCCUAUUCUCCCCUUGUGGAUUUGUCUUUUUUUAAUUUUUAUUUUAAGUUGUGGUGAGAUUGAUGAAACAAAAUUUACCAUUGCAACCAUUUUUAGAUACACAGUUUAGUGUCGGACAUCCGACAUGAAGCCAGUGACUUCCCCUGUAAAGUGGCCAAGCUUCCUAUGAACAAAAACCGAAACAGGUACCGAGACGUCAGUCCCUUUGACCACAGUCGGAUUAAACUGCAUCAAGAAGAUAAUGACUAUAUCAAUGCUAGUUUGAUAAAAAUGGACGAAGCUCAGAGGAGUUACAUUCUCACCCAGGGCCCUCUGCCCAAUACGUGCGGGCACUUCUGGGAGAUGGUGUGGGAGCAGAGGAGCAGGGGCGUGGUCAUGCUCAACCGGGUGAUGGAGAAGGGAUCGUUAAAAUGUGCACAGUACUGGCCAGAAAAAGAACAAAAAGAGAUGAUCUUUGAUGACACAAAUCUGAAGUUAACAUUGAUCUCAGAAGACAUCAAGUCAUAUUAUACAGUCCGACAGCUAGAACUGGAAAACCUUACAACUCAAGAAACUCGAGAGAUCUUACACUUCCACUAUACCACAUGGCCUGACUUUGGAGUCCCUGAGUCACCAGCCUCAUUCCUGAACUUUCUUUUCAAAGUUCGCGAGUCGGGGUCUCUCAGCGCAGAGCACGGCCCCAUUGUGGUGCACUGCAGCGCCGGCAUCGGCAGGUCGGGGACCUUCUGUCUGGCUGACACCUGCCUCUUGCUGAUGGACAAGAGGAAAGACCCUUCGUCCGUGGACAUCAAGAAAGUGCUGUUGGAAAUGAGGAAAUUCCGGAUGGGGCUGAUCCAGACAGCCGACCAGCUGCGCUUCUCCUACCUGGCUGUGAUCGAAGGUGCCAAAUUCAUCAUGGGAGACUCCUCGGUGCAGGAUCAGUGGAAGCAGCUUUCCCACGAGGACCUGGAGCCCCCACCCGAGCACGUGCCCCCUCCUCCCCGGCCCCCCAAACGGAUCCCGGAGCCACAUAAUGGCAAAUGCAAGGAGUUCUUCUCAAACCACCAGUGGGUAAAGGAUGAGACAGCGGAGGAUAAAGAUGGCCCCAUCAAGGAAGAAACCAGAGCCCCCUUAAGUAUCCCUUGCGGCGUGAACAGGAGUCAAGACACUGAGAUCAGAAGUCGGACGGCGGGCGGAGGUCUGCGAAACACCCAAGCCGCCUUCCCGGCCCAGGGCCAGGCGCCGCCACCCAAGGAGGCGGAGGAGCAGGAGCACGCGCCCCCGCCCUGGAAGCCCUUCCUGGUCCACGUGUGCAUGGCCGCGGUGCUCACGGCCGGCGCGUACCUGUGCUACAGGUUCCUGUUCAACCGCAACAACACAUAACCUGACCCUCCUCCAUCCACCUCACCCAGUGCCCGCCGCUGCUCGUAGGCCUGCUGCGGUAGGUAAGGGCCGCCGGACAGCCGUUGUAGACAGCCGGGCCGGAAGGGCUUGCUCUGCACUCAGACCCCCUCCCCGGGCUGUGUGUGUCCCCCGCUCCUUUUGCUCCCCCUUCCUCUUCUGUGAGUCCUGGAGCCACAACAAUUUUUUGGAAAGAGCGAAGGAGAGGACCGUGCUGGUGUCACAGGGGGUGGUGGCUCUCCCAGCUGAGUACCGGAGGGCCACACACCACCUUCCCCCUGGAGGUCUCCAUGUUGCCUCUCCACUCUUUAUUUAUUUUUAAUUUUCCCCCCCAAGGGCAUCCAUACUGCACUAGCAUUUUCUUAAACCAAUAAUGUAUUAAAAUUUUUUGAUGUCAGCCUGCAUCAGGGGCUUUAUCAAAAAAGUACAAUAAUAAAUCCUCAGGUAGUACUGGGAAUGCAAGACUUUGCCGUGAGCCUGCUGCGUGAGCCCAGUGCUGGGAAGUAGGAUGGUCGUAAGCAGUCAUUGUGUAGUGAUGUUGUGGGUACCGUGUGAAGAUAGAACAGUGCUAUAAUAUAUAAUGAACACUUGGGUAUUUAAUAAGAUACGCGAUGCGAGAUGACUUUGUCCCGGGUCUUCUCCUCCCCCCUUAUCCGCUAGAAUCUUGUUCUCAGUCACCGCUUCCCCUGUGUGUAUUAGAAUGCAUGUACAGCCUUCUGUGUCCCCAUGAGAUACCAUGUGCUUGAAUCAAGAAACUUAGGUUCCUGCUUACUAAUGUGCCCGUGUCUGAGUCCGGUCCCCCUCUGCGUGAUCUGACCAUCACGUGGCUGUGGUUCCUAAGGCUGUUGCUGAAGGAGAGCAGUGAUGUUUUCCAGUGGCACAUCAUGGCCUAAUUCCUGGCGUGACGCUCUGGUCACUUCCUGGCGAGGCCCGGCCCACCCUGUCCAGCCGGGCUCGCUGUAACAGACAUUCCAAGGGUAUGGCCGGCCAUAUGCACACCUCACGCUCUGGACAUUUCGGCAGGCGAGGUUCCCGCCCUCCUCUGGGAUCGGCCUCUUCCACCCCAAGCCUACGCCCUCCUGGAGCAGACCGUGGCGUGGAAGCGGCAGCCACGGGAGCCCCCUCCCUGGAACAACCCGGGUGACGGUCCCUGGAGUCAGCCUGCGCCUGCCCCAUAUCCGUAAGGUUCGCCUUGCCCCGAGGUGUCUGCCUGCCCUUGAGCCCCGUGGGGGCUGAUGGUGCUCACGACUCUUCCUCCAGAGGAAUUGAAGACCUCCACAUUCGGUGGCUUUUUUUUUUUAACAAGAAACAAAAAGGCAGCUGUAGCUCCUGAGCUGCUCUCUUGCCAGCAUUUUCACAUUUUGCCUUUCACGUGGGAGAAGCCAGUACAGAGUGGGAACAUUCACGGCAGAGCCUUGGUGAGGUGUGGGUACGGCUCGGUGCCGGGCUGCAAGCAUUUUUGAGUUGGGCUUGUUUUCUUAAAGUCCUGUAUCUGUGCAUAGUCGUCUGGGUGUGUAUACAGCAGCCUUCCGGUGGCUGUCCUGGUCUCAGCUCCUGUCCUUGGGGACAGAUGGCUCUCCAUCUCGUUAUGCAUAUGUUAGAGAGGUAGCGAGCUGCUCUGCUAUAUGCCUUAAGCCAAUAUUUACUCAUCUGGCCAUUGUUUUUUACAAUGGCCAUGGAAUAAACCAUUUUUACAAAAAUAAAAACAAAAAAAGUGAGGUGUUCGGUAUAAUACCUUUUCAGGAGUGUGUAUACGUGGACGCAUGACUGGGUGGGUGGGGGGCGUGUCUCAGGGUCUUCUGUGACCUCACAGAACUGUUAUACUGUACAGUUUUCCAACUUGCCAUAUAAAUGAUGGGUUUGCAUUUUAGUUGCAAUAAA